AUGAUCCGUCAAACGUUUUUGGUCUUCCUCAAUUUUUCACUUAUUAUUGCUCUGGCUGACGACUUAUUCCGUCGCAAUUUCAAUGCGUCAGACGACCAAUCAGUGGAUAUUAAAGUUAGUCAAGCCCUUAGACUGCCAGGCUCUGCUUCAGCAUUGUUUUAUCAGCGAAGAACACAUGCCCAGCAGGCACCAUCUGGCGCAUCCUCAUCUCCAUUCAUGACAAAGUCCUCCGAAGCGACCGGAGCGGGAGGAAUGGGGCUAUCCCUUUCCAAUCGCAACCACAUAAGCCUAGGGCACUUGACUAAGAAGGAGCCUACCGUCUCACAGCCAGGACUCCAAACUGGCAUUGAUGUACCCCAUCGAUCGAUGCGUGUCAUGGGACAACCAAUCAACCCAAACAUCGUGAGUCACCUUCACCCGGACGUGUCCCCAAGGAAAAUUCAUCGGCUCUGGAAGCUGUUGGGCGGAAAAGAGGAUAAGUAUUGGACCUCUGAGGAACCUCCACGCGUGCUACGCCAACGUGGGGUGUCCGGAAUGAUGUCAGACGCCUCUAAUCCACCGGGCACGAAUUCAGUGGAUAGUAAUCUGAUCCGAAAAGCGAACGCCCUAAAUAUGACCUUCCGUGAUCAGACAGGAGCGCAGUUCUUGUUGCCCGAAACCCAGAUUCAAAUCUUUCGCAAUUGGCUCAUUGAGCAGGCCACCUGUGAGAUGGACUUUAUCUGGAAGGAUCUAGGUUCGCUCUAUUGGCCACGGUGGAUUCGAAUGGGUGUCUGCUUGGCUCGUCUAGGAUCCUCGUGUUCAUGGCCACCUGGGAUGAAAUGUCAGCCAUCAGGUUCAAGAGUGCUGCGUCUUUUGAACUGGAACUGUGAAGACGCUGCCCAGGCGUCGUCUAACUCUCCCCUAAGCAGACAAACUCGAUCCCUGAGGCAGCCAACCAUAAACUUGCGGUACCAUCAGCAGAAUGUCGAUGGUGUUCCCGGUACCCCGAAUUCGAACGAGUACCGCAGGCAGCCAAGGCAGACGUACUUACCCCACGCUAGUCCCAUGUGGAGGUACUACCAACAGCGCAGAUGGAAGGGACGUAGAGAUGUCGCGGGACCAUUGGAUCCCGCGCAACUGGAGGAACAACGCGCUCGGAAGGCCAGACGACUAAUUGAAAAGCUAAGCGUAACGGCAAACGGAUAUCGAUGUUCUUGGCAAGUUCAAAAGUACCUCAUCAGUGACAAAUGCACUUGCUCCUGUGCUUGA